ACUUUACAAUUUCGGGUACGACCCUCACCACUCGCUGACCAGUUUUACGCACUUUUACUUUGAAAGGGCCGCGGCUCCGUUAUCGGAGGAUCCCUUAGUACCUUCGAUGGGCAUGAUAACGCGAUACCGAGUGUGGAAGAUACUGCCAGCGAUUGAAAGCUGCUGGGUUGUGUCGUUUCCCACGUACACGUGCCAGUGAAGUAAUUUCGUGCUAGACGACAAGCAGAACCAUUUUUGAUGUGAUAUGUUAGUCAGAUUCCCACGUACCCGGUACUCGCGUCACGAGGAGUCGGAAAUGUGCGGAGAUUUUAAAAUUUGACAGUAGUGAUGGUUGCCUAGUGCCUCGGAAACAUCUGACAAGCGAAUUAAUAGUAAUCAUUUCAGCAACUCUUCGGUUCCGCUUGGUUCGGCUCGGUGAGCUGAUAGACACUAACCUUGAUCGUGAGCGUGUGUGCGUUAGUGAAAUAGUAGUGGUGUUGGUGUGCGAGUGUGUGCGUACAGUGGAACAACGAGAAGAUUCAACAGUGUUCGAGGGGAGCAGUGUUUGAAGUCUACCCCCAUCACCCUUACCAGAGCCGACGGUGUCUGGAAGGGAAAUGCCAAUGCGUGUGAUGACAGCUAGUGAACGCCGGUCGUAAGCCUAACGUUUGAUUGCCAAAAUAGCCGAAAAAUACGAAACUACGCAAACUACCGUAGCGGCCAAUAGUAGUGUUCGCUGGUGUGCGUUCCCACCCCGUCAGUGCUUUUAGUGCCACGUGCGUGUCGAACAUUCCGCGCUCGGUGCUGCGUGGACGAGAAAGCAUCCCGUAUCGUAAUCCAGCAGUGCCGCAAGCAAGUGAUCUGCCAGUAAGUCAACGCCAACCGAAACACACCCACACCCACACAUCCGCCACACCGCAAGAGAGAAAACGGCCAUGGAUCCGUACGGCGGAGGCUGGCCGGCAUCACCGUUGCGUGCCGGCGGUGGUGGUGGUGGUGGUGGUGGCGGAGGUGGCGGCAUGUAUGACAACAUUUCGAACGACGGCAUUCCGAUGGAUGCGCUGGCCGAGCUGCAGGACACGGGGUUUGAGCCGCAGACGCGAGCUCGCUCCAACACCUGGCCCCUGCCGCGGCCCGAGAACUUUGUCGAGCCGGAAACGGAACCAGACAGCAAUAAGUGCAGUAAUCAGCAGCUGGCCAAUACCGGAUCGAGCAAUACACAGCUGCAGACGGCCGCCUCGUCCUCGUCGAAGAAAAACUCAUCGCGGCGCAACGCGUGGGGCAAUCUGUCGUACGCCGACCUCAUCACACAAGCCAUCAGCUCGGCCAGCGAUAGCCGGCUAACGCUCAGCCAGAUCUACGAAUGGAUGGUGCAGAAUGUGCCGUACUUCAAGGAUAAGGGCGACUCGACCAGCAGCGCCGGCUGGAAGAACUCGAUCCGGCACAAUUUAUCGCUGCACAAUCGCUUCAUGCGAGUACAGAACGAGGGUACGGGCAAAUCGUCCUGGUGGAUGCUGAACCCGGACGCUAAGCCGGGCAAAUCGGUGCGCCGGCGGGCCGCCUCGAUGGAAACGUCCAAGUACGAGAAGCGCCGGGGCCGGGCGAAAAAGCGCGUCGAAGCGAUACGGCAGCAGGCUGCCCUCGGUCUGGCCACCAACCCUCUCAACGAUGCCACCCCGUCGCCGAGCAGUAGUGUUAGUGAAGGAUUAGAUCUGUUUCCAGAGAGUCCACUGCAUAGCGGUAACUUCCAGCUGUCGCCCGACUUCCGGCAGCGUGCGUCGUCGAACGCGAGCUCGUGCGGUAGGUUGAGCCCGAUCCAGUCGAUCGUGGGUGUUGAUAAUGUGUGGAACUACACGCCGGUGGAUGUGGCCGACCUGGCCGACAACACCGACCAGACACAGGGCGACGAGCUGGAGCUCGAUAUCGGUGCGCUCGAUCAGCUGGCCGGUUCGUUGGCAGACGAGCUGACACUGCAGCAGAACGAUUUCUUCAAAGGAUUCACCCAGUCGACGGCGAUGCACAAUCAGCCGCCACCGCCACCGUACCAACCGCCCCAGCCCUACUCGCUGAUGGCCUCGGUCGCCCCGUCCUACGGUCUCCCGCAGCAACAGAAUCAGUGCCCGAUUCAUCGCAUACAACAUUGUACCUGCAUGCUACAGAAUAAUGCUCGUGAGAGCAUCUCGCCAGCGUCCGGAACUGGCAUGUCGCCCUCAUAUCCGCACAGCGAACCGUCACCUGACUACGCCAUGCUAAUUGGAUCUCGCGUAAUACAAAGAACGCCCUCGUCUAGUCCUCCGCUAACGCCAAAUACGAUCUGCGGAUUGAUAGCGCCACCACCGCAACAGCAGCAGCAAGAUCCAACACCGCAGACGCUAAUGGGUCAAGUGAUGGAAGCUUUAAACAGCCAAACAAACAUCGACGACAUCAACAUCAACGUGGAAUCGUUUCCCUGUGUGGAUGAGGUGCUAAAGCACGAGCUCAGCUUGGAGGGAUCGCUCGAUUUCUCGAACCUGCCGCUCUCGAUCCACAACAACUACGCGGCACCGAACAAUUCCAACUCGUCCGACUCAUCGUCCGGGAUCAGUGCGAUGACCGCACCGAGCCCGAACCAGCAGACGGCCGCCCACAACCACGGCCAGUACGCGGCCCGAACGAGCGUCACGCCACCGUCCUGGGUGCACUAAGAAGCAGCCGCACCACCGUUUGGUGUCUCGGGGGUGUGUACGCACAGUGAUACGAUCGCUUUCCCGCAACGACCUGUGCCCAGUGCUGUGAGAAUACAACCACCCCGCUAAGAAAAAAAGCUCAGCUUGAAGGGAACACAACAAAAGUAAACAAACAACGAUCCAAAACGAUGGAGUCAUCCUCCCGUGAAGUAUGCAACAGGCGUGGCCGACCAUCCGGCAGCAGUAGCUGUGUGAAUAGGACGAUAGGACGAUACGAUCGUGCUAUUGUUAGGCUACUAUUACCGAAAAGCUCAUCAAACAUGAAAGGAAACGGAAGCAAAGCUUUUUUUUUUGUUUUUCAUUGUACAUAGCCAGUGUAUGUGUGUGUGUGUGCGCAUGAGAAUGAAUGAGGAAGAGUGGUCAGUAGUAAGCAAGGAUAGUUACUGACAGUUAUCUAGUGGUAGUAGCCGUAGUAGUAGUAGUGGUAGCAGUAGGCGUAGACGUAGCAGAACCAGUAGUAGCGUUAGUUUUCACCAAGUAGAUCACGCAGCUAUCCUGACGCAGGUCGAGCUAAGCUUACUAAUUUACUUUACUAAGCGCAAAACGCAUCAAUCACAUACACAUGCGUACGGGACAGCAAGAGGACGGACGGCAAGGAGGGAGAGAGCGAGAGAGAGAGAGAGUGAAGGAAUUGUUGUUUUGUUUUUUCUUUUUCUUCUUCUAUGGGACUGAAACCGAUAAUUAGAGUUUGUUGGUUGUUAAAGUGUUUGUUAACGUUUUUUUUAAUUUUUAACCGUUUUUACUUCCAAACCCCUAUCGUUCCCCUUUUCUCUGGUGCUAGUAAAAUUCACGUGUGCCGACCACGUGUUUCUUCCUCGCAAACUUUAUGUUCUCAAUCCUGCGUCUUCCUUCCAGGUUUUUGUUUUUUUUUUUUGUUACUCACAGAGAGCAGAUAGAUAGAACUGUUGUUAUUUCUGUAAUUCUGUUUUUUUCUACUAAUUUUGAAACUUGUGUUGUGUUCGUGUGCGCAAUGCAAAGCGUGCGUACCUGUGUGUGUGUACAGAGACCGUUUCUUUUUUUUCUUUCGGAAGCGAUAUCUUUAAACAUAACUGUAGAAGUGUAAUGAGAAAAGGAUAAUUAGUAACAAUAUAUUUGUAGGCAAAUGAAUUAACGGUUAAACUUAAACCCCUUCACACAAACACAGAAACAAAAACAGACGUAUAAUUAAGAGUGCGAAGAAAUUGUACAUACGUGACGACAAUAUAGGUGGGUAAGAUUUUGCUAAGUUAAUCGUUUUAGACGGGCUCGCAGGCUCCAUAGCGGCAAGCGCAAAAUCACAAUCGAAGACGAGUGAAAAGGCAAAAAAAAGCAAUUGAGAAGUUAGGUGGUCGAGUAAAGUUGAAACCGAAAGCUGAUCCGAGAAGCUUGCAUUGCUAACAUUACUGGUGUUGGAACAAAUCAAUUUGUUGAAUUAUUUGUUCAAAUAAGUUUCGUUUUUCCAAAAAUUAAAAAUAUUAACCUUAUUGAACGAUCACCUGACAACCUGUCGAUCGGAACGGUGUUUAGUGCUGAAGCAAUUCCGAUUCGACUUUCUUCCACUCGGCCACUAGCAAAACGCAAUACUAGCUUGCCCAAACGUUCUACUACAAUACUGCGAGCGUAAUACUUUAGUAUAUCCUUACAUCUUAAGUGUGUUGUGUAGAGUGAGAGAGAGAGAGAGAGAGAGAGAGAGAGAGAGAGAGAGAGUAUGAGAGAGCGUUUCUUAUCCAAUAAAUCGCAGUGCCAUUAGGGGUGAAACUAAUAGUAAUAUGUACGUGCAGCAGCAACACAAACACACACAAACACACAAAAGAGAGAAAGAAAAUACAAAGCUUGUCCCUGUAAAUUGUACCAGUUGUUUGUUGGGUGUGCCUCUGACGGCACACUUAUAUAUCAGCUAGAGAUUUGCAUAGGAGUUUUCGGUUUACUGCAAUAGAAAUGGAAAACCAAUCGACUACUAUUGCUACUAGUAGUACACACAUCUACACACACACACACACACAAAGCACACGUAUAAAUAAAUAUAAAUGGCUGUUUUUGGAGGGUGAUGGCGAGAAUCUAGUGAAUAAUAAGUAACACACAAACACACACACACAUCUAUGUACUAUUAAAGCUAGUAGAUAAGGUACAUCGGUUCUCUACCACGGUUCUCAAGCUGUGUAGCUGUGUGCGUGUGUGUGUGUGUGAUCAUCAUUUAGGGCGGCGGGGAAAAUGGAUGCUAAAUUGUAAUUAAGACGAACGAAUUAAUCAUAGCAAACGGGACUCGGGAGUGAAUGUGGGAGCGUGUGUGAGUGUUGUAAUAAUCAAAUUUAAAUCAUACCUAGUGUGUAAUAUGGCUUUGGUAGCUGGAAUGGGAACGGCCAACCGAUUGGGGGGAGUAGUGGUAGAAGCAGUAGUUUAAAACCAGGAACAAAGCAUCAAUUUAUAAUCCAAAAUUCAAACUCCAUUUUUGUUUCGACACCCCACGCUACACCGAUCAACCCCAACGGCUGUUUGUUUGCUGACGCCUUUGGCGAAGGUAGAAGCUUGAUAAGUUUUAAUAAGUUUUGAUAAGAAGAAAAAUCAAACCCUGUACAGUAACUAAAAGUUUCUCCUUGUGGUAGCUUACACUUUAACGCUAGCAUGUAGCAGACAGGGCAAAACGCAUAUUGUUAAACAAUUGUGCAAAAUGAAAGUGUUUGUAAAGAAUCAUCAGCUAUUUUAAUGAUCUAAGGCAUUGGUAAAAAAGGCGUAGCAAAAUGUGAAUGAAUGUAGGACGCACCCGUUUGGAAGCACAUAAUUCAAGGUUAUGCACACCUACCCACACACACACACCCACACGAGCGUCGGAAACGGAAGGCACAAAAAAAAGAAGCGAAAACACAUACACGCGUGAGAAACUAAAACUAAAAGCAAUGCCAUUUGAGCCGAGAGGAGGAGGGGGUUUGGGGGGAGGUAAAUUUUGUGUGUAAGGAUGUAUGUAAAAGGGCUUUGUCAAAUGCAAAACAAAAACAAAAACAAAUAGAUUGAGCUGUGAGCAAAUGAUCGUCGUGCAAAAGCAACAAAACAAAAGAAAAUCCCCGCAUGUGUUCAGCAAAAGCCGGUACGACGAACGAUGGACGGCUGUUGUUUAAAAGCAGUUAAUUCGACGAGAGUGCAGCAACAACAGUAAUGGUAAACAAGAGCAGGUUCUACGCGACGCGAUUGAUUAAGUUUUCCAAACUCUACUCUAUCCACUCUAUUUCGUACUAACCACCACACACUUCUUCUAUAUUUGUUUCCCCCUUUUACCUGCUUUUCAUCCUUUUGUUAGAGAGAGGUUUGUGUUUUUAAUUACUUAUAUUAUCGCCAUUUUGUACAAAUUACUUUAGUACGGUAAUGUUGAAGUGUUGUCGUUUGUUCGUUUUUUUUUGUUUUUUUUUCUCGAUACAUCUGCGAUCGUUUGCGAAUUAGCAAUUAGUAAGACGAUGGGGAUGUGCUAGGGUAAAUUUUCGAAACGUGGCUGGAGAUAGUGUUAUCGGGAACACGAUGUUCUAUAGGAUAAAAACGAAGGACGAGAGGAUCGAUGCUAUAGAAGGAUGAUGAUCCCCCGGUUUUGUUUUGUGUAGAAUAGUGUGCGCUGUAAUAAAGGGAAGGGGGAGAUAGUGUGGGAAGGGAGAGGGGGUAUCCGAUUUCCGACCGACCGAGGUAUGGCAGGAACGCGUUUGUGAAAGGUAUGCAAGAAAAAUGUUAAAAUAAACUAGAAAUACUUAUUACUUUAAA